AAGGUUCCAUGGCCGUUUGCGACAAGAGAAAUGCUGGUCACGUCUUUCGAACUGGAGCUACCUGAAUUGGAUGCCGUGGUUGGCUGCUUGCGAACAGUCCCCCAGGAAGCAGAGACUAUCGUCAAGGAGACCAUCCAUGGUUUUAAUGCUUCUCAUUUGCCUCCUCCAAAAGAGGGCGUCAUUCGCAUGGAAGCCAACGGUGGAUUCAUCCUCCAGAAGAUUAGCGACGAGAAAUGCUACAUAAGAGCAGUAAUACACCUGGACCUUAAGGUCGACCUUGUUCCGACAUGGGUGAUUAACUUCCUUGGGCGUCAAGUUGUGGGACACGGCUUCAGGCUAUACCUCAAGACUGUUUCUUCUGUUAAAGAGAGCAAAGUGUUUCAAGAAUGCAUCAGGCAACAGCCACUCUACAGCCGCAUAACGUUACAGAUGCUACCAAAAUCGAGCCACCAAAAUGGAUACAAGAGUUGA